CACUGCUGAAAAUCUCUGUUAUGUUAUGAACGCACGUCUUGCUUUUGUACCUCGUAAUCAAAGCACAAACUAAUGGAAUUACACUUUCGUUUGCAAUUUUUUUAGCAAAAAAUGUUUCACGUUACUUGCCACCUUCAAGCACAGAAAUGUCACUCGAAAACCGCUAAUCGUUAAGUGUUUCGAUUUUAUGAAUUAUUUAUAUGAACAUGCCAAUAAUACAUGGAUCUCAAUCCUCCACCGAUGAUUUGAAUUCCAGUGCUACCCAGAAGUCAUUUAAGGGAGAUGAUCGAAAGCAGCGUGCCACUGUACUACAAAUGCUACCGAAAUUGCCUUCAAACGAUUCACUCCCUCUUACUAGCAGUCCAGGUCCAGCUUCGCCAGGUGGACCUAGUUUCGGUGAAAAAGUUGAUAAUACUUCGUCCGACAAGUCGCCCGAUCCAAAAUUGACUCGAAAGGAAUCUUACAAAGCGCAGAGGAAAAAUUAUCGGAGAGAAAAGAAGAGAGUGGCCAAUGAGUUGUUAAAUUCUUUGAAGGAUCCUUCGGUGGUUGUUUUAGCAGAUUGGUUAAAGAUUAGGGGAUCACUUAAAUCAUGGACCAAGUUGUGGUGUGUGCUCAAACCUGGACUUUUGCUGCUAUAUAAAAGUCCAAAAUGUAAGAGUAAUCAUUGGGUAGGAACGAUCCUUUUAAAUUCUUGUAAAGUAAUCGAACGGCCGAGUAAAAAAGAUGGAUUCUGUUUUAAACUAUAUAACCCAUUGGAUCAGACAAUUUGGGCCCCUAGAGGACCAGAAAAUGAAACUAUUGGUGCUGUUGUACAACCAUUGCCGAAUUCGUAUUCUAUUUUUCGUGCACCCUCGCAAGCUUCGGGAAUGUGUUGGUUGGAUGCCUUAGAAAUAUCGCUUCGCAGUGAUUCUGCCUUGAUACGUUCGAUUAGUACGAAAUCGACGUGUGGUAGUACUAGUCAUGAAACACAGUGGUCCGAAGCGGAUUACGAGAAACAUUUUGUACAUGAUCUCGACGAUGCUAGUCAACCCGAUAAUGGGGCUCAGUUAAGCACGGGAGACGGAGAGAUGAGUGAUACCGAAUCGGAAAUCUCAGUUAAAGAAGAAGAAAUUGACGAGGAUCCUCCUGAAACUCCGUAUGUACUUAUUGAAGAGGAAGAGUUUGGAGAUGCAGGGGAACAAGUGGAGGAAUUGGCCGAUGAGCACAAAUCCCUGAUUUGGUACUUAGUAAAGCAGGUUAGGCCUGGAAUGGAUCUCAGUAAAGUUGUUUUGCCUACCUUUAUACUAGAGCCGCGAUCUUUCCUUGACAAACUCUCAGACUCCUAUUAUCAUGUAGAUAUUCUCUCAAAUGCAGUUCAAGAGGAUGACGCGUUUACAAGGAUGAAAAGUGUCGUAAAAUGGUACCUUUCCGGUUUUUAUAAAAAACCGAAAGGAUUAAAAAAACCUUACAAUCCUAUUUUGGGAGAGACUUUUCGUUGUUGUUGGCUGCAUCCUAAUGGCACAAAAACGUUUUAUAUAGCGGAACAGGUGUCACAUCACCCUCCUGUAUCUGCGUUCUAUGUAACUAAUCGCCAGGAAGGUUUCGCAAUAAGCGCUUCAAUACUAGCAAAGUCUAAGUUUUAUGGCAAUUCUACUUCGGCCAUAUUGGAUGGUGUUGCCGUGUUGACACUAUUGCCUAGGGGCGAAAACUAUACAUUGACAAUUCCUUACGCUCAUUGUAAAGGUAUACUAAUGGGUACAUUAAGUAUGGAGCUCGGCGGAAAGGUGUACGUUGAAUGUGAGAAGACAGGAUAUCGCACCGAACUCGAAUUUAAAUUAAAGCCGUUUCUGGGGGGCGUUGACCAAAUUAACUGUAUCUCCGGUCGUCUGAAAUUAGGAAAAGAGACACUCGCAACACUGGAUGGGUAUUGGGAUGGUGUCAUAAAAAUCAAAGACAGGCGGACUGGGGAGGAGCAAAUUUUGUGGAAUCCCACCAAUACGAUUAGAAAAAUGCGAUUGAAACGUUUAACUGUAUCGAUUGAGCAUCAAGGAGAAUUUGAAUCCGAAAAACUUUGGCAACAUGUAUCUGCCGCCAUUCUAUGCGAUGAUAUGAAUACAGCGACUGAGGAAAAAACAUCUUUAGAAGAAGUGCAGCGAGCUUGCUCUAAGGAGCGCAAGGUGAAAUGUGAAGAUUGGUUUCCGAAGCAUUUUCAGCAAGACCUGAAGAAUGGGCAAUGGGUUUAUAAGCAUUCAGAUUUGCGACCUUGGGAUCCUCGCAAUGAUCUCUAUCAGUAUGAGCAUGACUAUAUUAUACAAACGAAAACCAAACAUCCUGCACCCAUUAUUCGAACGGCUAGUAUAAUCAGCGUAGAGUUACCGCCGAAUGAACCUCGUGUAGCAACCACAAAGUCAAGUAAAAGAAAAGUUGCUACCAAGCAGAUAUCGUCAGAUGCAGAUAUAAACGACAGCGCCACCACCUCUGAGGAAUUUCAUUCAGAUUCGGCGCACUCAGUUAAAAAGACUUCUCCGUUUACUGCGACAAAUUCCAGUAUUAUGCUCGCCAUCUACGAUCUGGAACAGAGUUUGCAAGAGCAUGGCGAAAAAAUUAACGUAUUACAACGUAAUCUCACAAAGAUGCAUGAAGAAAAUCGUACUCAAAGCAAAAGGAGUAAUUGUACAGAAAUACUAGUUACCAUUGCGAUUGUUGCAGCGCUGCAAGCUUUAUUCUUUCAUUAUUUCAAUAGUGCGGCACGUAUUUAGAUAAGUGUAAUUGACCAUUUAGCAAUUUAUACCGAUGUUUUUUCUACUUUUGGUAAUCGUAGCGUUUUUAUUAACACCAAUUGAAUGUUAACUAAGGGUACGCUAAUCAUUCUGAUUUUUUACUCUUCAGUGUCUCUUUUCGAUAUUAUUGGUAUCACUAUAGAUUUCCCGCAACCAAAUCCUUGCUCUCAUUGUCUUACUAAUAGGAGAAGAGGUAGUUGGAAACUUUUCUCCAAACCUUUCACAAUAAUUGAUGUGUCACGGCACAGUAGUAAUAAAAACUCAAUGUUCUCUUUGAAAAUAUUAAAAAUAACUUAGGCAUAAAUUUGAUUUCAGUGAGCCACAGUGACCCAGUAACAGUUUACUUAUUUUGGUACCAUUGACAGGCACGUUUAAAAUAAGUUAUUACCAUCGACGCCAUUUAGGCAAUUUUGUUUUUUGACUGAUUUUGUAUUUUGUAAACUCACUGGUAAUUGUUUUAAUUUUCCAAGGCUUUAUCAAUAGUUAAAGUAAGCUGGAACUUGGUGCUCUCUUUUUCAAGAUCAUUCACUCGUGUGCUCAUUUCAUAAAGUAUACAGGAUGUCUCAGGCUCCUUAGAUUUAUCAGCGCAAGGUAGUGUGCGACUCUCCUUCUGAUCUAGGUUGGUAAAGCCACUAAAACCACUCCUUGGCCUAGCAUGUUUACUUGCAGGAACCGUUUUCCACUUCUUUCUUCUAGUAAAGGCCGUUUAUUUUGUAUCAUCCUCCUAAUUUUCUUUCGUCCAGUUCUUUCUCUUUUAUUAUUCUAUUAACUGUACUGGUGUUUUCCAUAUCGAGCUAUUUUUGAGUGCUAGCUCCAUUACGUUGUCUGGUGUCGACCUUGCCGGUUCCCUCCAGAACAUCAAGCAAGAUGAUUUAUGUCAGUAAAAUUAAUUAAUAAAUUAGGAUUACGUAAAAUAGAGUACAUCAAAACUCAUUGGUUCUAUCCUCGAUUCCUCAUUUGUCCAAUCAAUCGAUUUGGGCUUUAACCUUCAUUGCAUUAAUGAUUAUUUUAAUAAUGGUAGGUUAAUGCCAUUGUUUUGUGGUGGCCAGGUUUGAAUACGGCCUGCUACUUUUAGGCUUAAACGUAUGUAAGUGGUAAUUUGGGUGUAUUUUCACGAAUGGCACUUGAGUGUUUUUUCCCUUUUCAGAAGGCAUAUGUGGAACUGACUGGAUUCUUAGACCAUGGUGUAGAGUUUCCUAUCCCUAAAAAUUGAAAUUGAAGCCUUUUUAAUUUCGCCUUUUGUGUUUUUGCAACUAUUAAUAUAUAGUUUCAACGUACUCAGUAAUCCAAAGGCGCAUGGGUGCAAACUGGAUUGUAGUGGGACGACAGUGGCGGCGCGUUGUGGUGUGUCUUGGGGGUGCACAAUUUAAAAAAAGGGGGAAAAAUGGGGCCACGGGCAAAACGCUGGAGGCGAAAAUUUUUUGAGUGUCACCGCAACACGAAGUUUUUUGGACCUAUUAAAUGGCAUAAAAAAGCUUAUUGAUGAGACUUCUAAAUACUCCAGGGUUUAUGGCUGCGGAGAGCAAGUUCCAAAGCACCACAAAAUUUUAUAUCUACGGUCUAUAAUUUUGGAUAAAACAUACCUGUUCUUUUUUACUUCCUCAUUACGUUUUUCGAUACUCAAAACGAUAUGCACUAUUUAACUGUUGCCGUAUAUCUUGCUUACCUAAUAAAUUAAAUCUCAAUUAACAGAUAUAUGAUGUGCUUUUGAAAAUUUAUAUUUUUUAAUUUUUUCGGAUAAAUGCACUAAGUCUGUAACGCCAUUUUUUGUCGAUUCUGAUGCCUCAUCACCGAGCUCAUCACCAAACAACAAACACGGAAAUCAAUACAGACUAUUGUUAAAGUUACAACUGCAUAACCAGUCAGUUUUUUCAUACAUGUCUAUUUUAAACGAUCGUUUAUAAUCCCGACUUCCUUUAUUGAUUUUCGAUAUUUCCAAACUCGGUUUUGGGCGACCCGCAUUUUUUAUUUUAAUUUGAUCUUCUAAUUUUAGUAAAUUAAAUUUAAUAAUUAUCUUUAAAUAAUGAACGGUAACGUCGCAACGUUAUGUAGCCCGGCGAAUACUGUUCACAAUGAGAGUGUGCUCUUGCUAUACUUUACAACUUGGACCUUCGCAGGGCGCACGGGGAAAGGCGACGUAGCGUUUAAACGAAUCAGAGAUCGUAGCUAAUUGUGCACUGCACGGGAAGGCGGAAUGGGAAUAAUUCUUAAUACACGUUCAGCGGUGUGUCAGUGUACCCGUUAGGUUUGGCAUUUCAGGUAAGAUAAGUGAACUAUUUUUAUUGCGAGAUACGAACGUGCAAGAAUGUUAAAUACAUAAUAGAAUUGUUAUUGUUUUCGUUAUUUUAAAACGAUUUUUGGGAAUGCAUGUGGACUUAUUGAGAAACCACCACUGUGGGACGAUGUCCAUUGUUUCUGCCUACAUUGUAACUAUAUUGACAAUAAAUGCAUUUUAGUGUGUAUCAGCGAAAUGAAAUUAAUUAAAUUUUAAAUAACAGGGGGGGGGGGAUUCAAAAACCGUUUGGGCACAUCCAUUGGUAUUUUUAGUUGGGCAUUUUUUUAAAC